GUCGUCGUUGUCCCGUCCCCCCCCCCCCAUAUAUGUGAGUAGUGCCCAUCUGACCUGUGAAAAAUCUUUCUGCUUAGUAGCUUCAAUCUUUCCAGUUUUUGAAGCAUCUAUUUUUUCAGCCCCGGUUCUAAUCAUAAAUAGAUUGCCUUGAAUGUUGGCUUGUAUGAUAAAUAUUUUAUUAAUCUAUUAAAUAGAUCCUCUCUCCAGUGCAAUUAAUUUGUGGCUAAAGAUUGGUUUGGGAAAAGGGGGGAAAUAUUGUCUGUUGAUUCUAGCCUAUCCUUAGUGCUGUGUAGAAAAACUGAGUUGCAGCUAAUGCUGGUCCUACUCAAGGUAGAUUCAUUUAAAUUAAUGGACAUGGGUCUACUCUGAGUAGGAUUUGGUUUGCUACAAUCUAGCUUUACACAAAGGGAGAAAUCCUUUAGGCUGCAAUCCUAAUUCAAAUCCCACUUAUUUGGGAGUAGGCCCUAUUGUUGUUAAUUCACUUUAAUUGUCCCUUUACAUCAGGCAACUUUUUACUUAAUAUUCGCGUAGUUCAUUCCACUAUUCUCUGCUGGAAAUCAACCCAUGUGGCAAAAGGUUUCAAAGUAAAGCAGAAAAUGUGUGCCUUGGUUGUCUUGAGUUUCCAGUAGAAAUUGCCCAUGGAAUCCUUUUAUCAAAUAACUAUUGAUGUGAGUCAAAAUGUGGUCUGAGUGCUGGAUGAUGGCGAAUGAGGCAAUAUAUUUAAUUUCAGUUGUGUAGAGUUUUACUAUAUGCUUACUACACUUGGUGUUCUCCACAUCAACACAAAUUUAAUUGAUUUAUUUUUUGUUAGUAUUCAUUAUAUGGCAGGCCCAAUAACAUUCUAACAUUCUGCAAAUGGACUCAGAAACUAAAGAAGGAGAGGAAGAGAGCCUGCAAACAGCUUUCAAAAAGCUGAGAGUGGAUCCAACUGGAACUUCUACAUCUGUGAGUGACAGCAUGGGAUUGAGAGCUCCAGUCAGAGCUACUGUUGAUGGAGGCAGGCAUCAAACCGUCUGUUCGAGAGAGAACUGGCAUGGGUGUGCAAGGAAACCCUUGAGAGGGGCGACAAGACCGCAGCGCCGCAGGCGUUCUAAAUCUCCUGUCCUUCAUCCUCCCAAGUUUACAUAUUGCAGCAUGAAGGCAUCUUCCGCAAGUAACCAACUGAAGCACAAAAGCCAGAUGGAUUCUUCAAAGCACAAAAUCGGUCCAGACCCCAGUGUUACAGAAGAGCCAUAUUUGGGAGGAAAGAGAUGCCCCCUUUUCGAUAGCAGCAACUGCAGGAGGGCCAGAGCAGAACAGCGGAGCACUUUCUCAAGGGAGCAGCCUUCAGAGAAUUUGCAAAAGAGUUGUCCUGCUUUCUCUUUGACCUUUGAAACCAGCCUGGAUCCUAGCCAACCCUCAGAUUUCCAGUCACUCUCCAAGCUGAGUUACGAGAAGCAAUGCCCUUGCGUGGACAAAGAAUGUCAGUGCAAACCAUGGCAAGCAAUAGAAGCAUACUCCUUUUCUGGUUUGCGGAGUGUCCUUUCGGAAUGUGAAAAGGCAGUCCUGGAAGCACAUUCGCAAUCUUUGCCAAACCGAUCGCAUUCUGGGAUGGGUUCAUCAAGCUCUGCCCGGUCUUGUUCUGAGCAAGCUCGAGUCUUUGUGGAUGAUGUGACUAUUGAAGAUCUUUCAGGGACAGAAGGAGGGCAAGAAAAAACAGUUCUGGAACCAAGGAUACAAUGCAGUACAGCUAACUUCCCCUGGUUUGGUUAAGCAAGUUCUUCUCCUUAGCCCUAACUAAAUAUCAGAAAGCGUGGAGACAAGAAUACCUACAGCAUUCUAGAGGACAAAUGAAGCAGUCAUUCAGAAUUCAACUUCCUACACUACUGUGUCUAAUAAAUAGCCACUAGAUGGAGCUUUCAGAA